GGGGGGGAUAUGAUUUUUUCUGUUGGAAAUUCAGUAACAAAAGUUAUGGCCAUCUCUUACUUACUCCAGAAAUCAUUUAAAACAUGGAGAGCUUAAAUCAUACUGUAUAGAUUAAUUGAUUUACAGAAAAUUACAUCAUUCGUUUGAAGAAAAAAAACGUUUUAAAACGAUUUAAAACGUUUUAAAUCAUUAAAAAAAAAAAAAAUUUGUUCUAAUAAAAAAAAAAACGCUUUUCAUUACAACCUAAUUAUGUUCAUACGAUGAUAUCACCGGAAAUUUUUUGGCUCUUUCCCCCCCCCCCCAGCCAGCGACCCUGUUACGCCCCUGAAAAUUACUCGUGAGAAAAUGCAUUUUAUUGCUUGUCAAGUACUAAGUACUUACAAAAAUCUAUUGUCUCAUCUUUUACGACAAUGUACCGUCUUUCGGUUUCACUGCGAUUCGAAACUUUCUAGAUUGUCAUGCAGGCGUAUGAAAAGAUGAAUAAUAUUCGCUGAUGUUUGGCACAGAGGUAACACGGAAAUUUAGAGAAAAAAAAUAGAAAUUCAUUUCAAGGACGCAAACUAUCUACCUGUACCUAUCUAUUUAAAAAAAAAAACAGAUUUUCUUUCCCGAAGAAGUGCUAUGGUGUUUUGAAUUAGUGCCUUGAUUUGACUCUACAAUCAUGAAAGCAUACAGCGUCUUCAUUGGUCUUUGGAUUCUUAUUAAUUUCAUUAAUAUCUCGGAAGGAUCUCCUCCAUCUGAGAAAAGAAUUCUGAACGAAGGAGAUAACAUGACCUUGAUAUGUUCUACUGUACGGGAUCCUGAUAUCAUAUCCUGGAUCCGCCGCAGCCAUAUUUUAACCCAAAACGGGACCGAAUACAUUGCCGAGGCCGGUAAGUCAUUUCCAAAUGGCAAAAUCUUCAAGGAAUUUCGUGAUGAUUCGCGUAUUUCAGUCUUCUUUAUAAAUGACUCGAUUGAAGACGGUAGUGUGAAUUACACGCUUUACAUUUCAAACAUAAGUAGGCAAGAUUCGGCUGAGUAUGCGUGUUAUUCAACUACGGAUUCGACCGGUGAAUACAUAUCGCUCUAUGAAAUCCAUGUUGUGGGUUGCAAUUGCUCCAUUGACACAAACGUACAUUGUGACAUUCUCAGUUUUAACAUCCCUAUUGAAGGAUCUGUAAAUAUCAUCUUUAACGGAUCAAUGGUUAGAGUUGUAUUGAUUGAAAAUCGUUUUAAGUUUUCUCAUGAUCAUCUCAUCACUUUGGCUCAAGAACAAUACAUCUUCGUGUCUUUAGAUUAUGAUUAUUUUCGAUCUAAUAUUCGAUGCAUUCUUCCCCAACAAUCGUACCCGCUAUCUACGAGGAAAACGACAACAAUACCUAUCUCAUCAAGACGACCUACAUCCGUAGAAGGCACGAAAAUAAUUACCAGCCGCACCAAUAAACCCCCUCCAACGGAUAAAUUCACAGACACAACGACACACAUGUACAUGGAAUCAACAGUACCUGCAACAAUACAUUCUCCUUUCUCCCAGUCGUCUAGUCCCACUUUUUCACUCGAUAAUUCUCUGGAGACUUCCACUAGAAAAACUCGAACGACUUGGUCAACGCGAAAGGCUCAACCCCAUCCUCAAUCGGGACGUGUCCAUUCCUCUACAGUAGCACCAUUUACAACGACGAUGCUAAAUGAACAAGAAAUAAAAGGUGAUAAAGCCUAUAUCGUCCUUAGCAAGAGGGUUGUACUUGCAGUAGCCGUGGGUGUUUCGGUCGUGCUGAUCUUCAUGAUGGCUUUCAUAGUUGCCUUGAUUGGGAGACAAGCGUUUCGGUCCCAAAGUGGUCAAAUUGAAAGAAAUAUCACCUGUUUAGAUUCUACUGAUGAGGGUUUCACCUCAUUCGCUGCCCAUCUAAACCACGACUACGAGAGGACCAUAACUAGAACGCAGGAUUCGACAUCUACCGACGUUGAAGUCGGUGCUCUGACAUAUCCGAUCAACAUCUUGCCUCUCCCACAUAGGUCUACCCCACCAAGUUCACAUGAUUACGAGGAAGUUGAAGGCCAUCCUGUAGACACUCUUGAAGGAGACUACAUGUUGCCUGACGUAAAAGAAGGAUCUUCAGAUGGCUACCUUGACAUGGUAUCCAACGUCAAGAAAGGAGAUGCAUGCGGUAAUGCUCUUCCACUCGUCACCAUUCGACAUGUUCGAAAAAAAAUGACCGAAAGGCCUAUAUCAGAAGAAAAUGGUUACCUCGUUCCAAAUGUGGAACAGUACAGGAGUCGGGAUAUGUAGGCCUGUCAUUCUAUAGAACACAGGGUCGAGACUGUUCUCUAAGGAAACGGACGGUUUCGGGCCUAUU